AGGUUGUCCUGCAAAUCAUCCUCAUUCUCUCAUUUUUAUGACGUAAUAACUGCGUUUUACUGCCUAAGACCUGCCUGUUAAUACCGGAAUUAAAGCUGCGCAGAGCCUUUCAUUAGACACACAUAAAUCAGCACCUGCACCGGAAAUAACCGCAGUAGACUUCAUGCGUAAAAGCGCGAUCACCGUUUGUCUCCGAAGCGCAACCAGCUUUUAUAUGAACCAGGAUUCUUGUUCCCGAAGCAGAAGUUGUUAUUGGGGGAAAACGCAGUUUCUUGGUUCGGGGGAAGAAGACGGGAAAGCCGAUCUCGUGCACCGUGAUGUCAACACACUGGAGAAGACGUGAGACAUUCCUACAGGCCUACUCGGCCGUGGCCAUGAAGCCCACCGCCACCGGCCGCCUCCUGAAGGCCGGGCUCGCUGUGCUCAUCGCCGGGGCUUUCCUGCUGCUGCUGGGGGCAGUGGGGGCUUUCUACUUCUGGAACAGCCACGAAAAACACGUCUACAAUGUCCACUACAGCAUGAGCAUCAAUGGAAAGGUGGAGGAGGGUACAAUGGAGAUUGACUCGGCCAAUAACAUGGAGCGGUUCAGCACCGGCAGCGGGGCGGACCAGGCCGUGGAGGUCCAUGACUUUGAGAUUGGGAUCACAGGGAUCCGCUUCUCAGGGGGGGAGAAGUGCUACAUCAAGACCCAAGUCAAGGCCCGUCUACCCGAUGUGGACGUUCUCAACAAGGACUCCAUGACAUUUGACCUGGAGGACGAGGUGAUGCCGGCGAAGUUGGAGGACGAUCUGAUCUGGGUGGCGGCCGACGCUCCGCUCGCGGACUCCGGCUUCCUCAGCAACAAGAUAAAGGACCUGUGUGGAGACCUGCCGAUCUUCUGGCUCCGACCCACCUACUCGACCA